GAGGAGUUAUGGGGGGCAGUAAGGGGGUCUCAGAAAGACAAGCAGCAGCAGAAGCCCAUUUGCCACUUCAGGCUACACAGGGCCAGAGCCCCUGGAAAGUAAGCAGGAACCCAAGGGGACAGCCAGCCCUACAGCAAGGGAGAGGAGGACCACCUGGGGGCCACUAAGGCCCACCUCUCUUCUUCUCCAUUUUCCUUUUCUCCUUCCUCCUAACGGCUGCUUGCUAAUUGCAUGGGGACUCCAGGUGGGCAAGGAGGAGACACUGGUGGGGACUGGCGGGCAUGGCCAUUCCUUGUCUUGGACGCUCAAUCCUGGCUGCUCUGUGGCUGAGGAUCUCAGAGCCUUGGGUUCAUGGCCCCGGCCCAGGUCAAGGCCCCUGUAGGCUGUAUCUUCUUCUCCCUGCCCACAAAUGCCCAGCAGACUGGGCCUCCCGCCCUAGUCCCCACGCCUAUAGCACAGUACACGUGGACAAGAGGCCCCAGCUUGGUCCACCAUCUAGAUCUCCAGCCCCUCCGCCCUCAUCCUACCCUUUCCAGGGCACCCCCAGCUGGCACGCACUCCCUCUAGGUGGCAGUGGGGCUGGGGGAGGGUCCACAGCUACCUCUGAGCUUCCCUGCACUCCUCAGGAACUGAGAGCCAGGUGGGCAUUGAGAGGAGGAUGGUGAAAUGACAUGUCCCUCCACCCCAUCUGACCCUCCUCUAUGUCUCUUCUAAUCCAUUCUCCUUCUCUUCCACAGGCCAUGAACCUGGACCAGGUCUCCAAGGACAAAGCCCUCCAGAGCAUGGCGUCCAUGUCCUCUGCCCAGAUUGUCUCAGCCAGCGUCCUACAGAACAAGUUCAGCCCACCCUCCCCUCUGCCCCAGGCCGUCUUCUCUACUUCCUCUCGGUUCUGGAGCAGCCCCCCUCUCCUGGGACAGCAGCCUGGACCCUCUCAGGACAUCAAGCCCUUUGCACAGCCAGCCUACCCUGUCCAGCCACCCCUGCCACCGACGCUCAGCAGUUAUGAGCCCCUGGCCCCGCUCCCCUCAGCUGCUGCCUCUGUGCCUGUGUGGCAGGACCGCACCAUCGCCUCCUCCCGGCUGCGGCUCCUCGAAUAUUCCGCCUUCAUGGAGGUGCAGCGCGACCCUGACACGUACAGCAAACACCUGUUUGUGCACAUCGGCCAGACAAACCCUGCCUUCUCAGACCCGCCCCUGGAGGCAGUGGAUGUGCGUCAGAUCUAUGACAAGUUUCCCGAGAAGAAGGGUGGCCUGAAGGAGCUCUAUGAGAAGGGGCCCCCUAACGCCUUCUUCCUCGUCAAGUUCUGGGUGAGCUGCCCUGGUCCCUCUCUGCUCCCAAGGAUCCCCCCGGAUGUGCGGUGUACCCAGGCCCACCCUACCGACCCCCUCUCCCCGGGCCUGUGGGCACUGUGCGGGCUAUGUAUGCCCCCAGCCCCAGGGCGGGACGCCUCCCCGGGCCUCCGACAGCACCUUAGGCCGCCCCGCCCCCUCCUCCAGGCCGACCUCAACAGCACCAUCCAGGAGGGCCCUGGCGCCUUCUAUGGGGUCAGCUCCCAGUACAGCUCGGCCGACAGCAUGACCAUCAGCGUCUCCACCAAGGUGUGCUCCUUUGGCAAGCAGGUAGUGGAGAAGGUGGAGACCGAGUACGCCAGGCUGGAGAAUGGGCGCUUCGUGUACCGCAUCCACCGCUCACCCAUGUGCGAGUACAUGAUCAACUUCAUCCACAAGCUCAAGCACCUGCCUGAAAAGUAUAUGAUGAACAGCGUCCUGGAGAACUUCACCAUCCUGCAGGUGGUCACGAGCCGGGACUCCCAGGAGACCUUGCUCGUCAUUGCUUUCGUCUUUGAAGUCUCCACCAGUGAGCAUGGGGCCCAGCACCACGUCUACAAACUCGUCAAAGACUAAGGUGCCCUCCACCCCCACCACCACAAUCCAGGACGAGCAUCUUCUCCACACACCUGCCUGGCACCCCUAGGGGUCCAGGAUUGAGGACUCAUCCACCCGCCAGGCCUCAGGCCCAGGACCCAGGAGGCCCCCCCAUCUACCCUGCACACACACUCCCUGCCACUGUUCUGCGCUUUAACUGAGGGAGAAGAGAGGAGGGCUCAGCGGUGGGGCAGCCUGGCGGUGACGCUGACCACCGUACCCAGCUCUGCCCAGCCUCGAAAGACUGGGAGGACACCUUCGAGCCCAGGCACACGUGGCCACUGGCCCCUCAGGGGACCGUGACGGGCGGGUGAGGGCAGAAUGGAGACCAAGGGAACCGGAGUGCAGAGGCCCCAGAAGGGGAGUGUCGAGUUAGGGUCAAGUUGAGAAGAGAGAGGAGCCCACACUUUCUGUGCGCCUGCUGUGUGCCAGGCCUCGUGCAGGCCCCCAAGUGCCUUGUGCCAUCCUCAGACCCUGCAGGGCAAGCGUGGGGCUCGCUAUCUCAGUGGGGGGACCCGUGGAGGGGUGGGUGGA